GCCCAAGAGCAUAGGAUGUCGUGGAUCGUGGAGACAAGUCUGCUACUCAUCAGCGUGGUGCACUUUCAAUGCAUCGAAGGCAGCGAUCUUUCACAUGUUAGCAAAGAGGAACUGCAGCACUUCAAGCAGUGUGUGCGUGGAUCACAACGUUCCAAAUUAAGCGAAUGUAUCGGCCGAUCUGCAUUGAAUUUCAUACAACGAUUUGAGGAGCGAGAGAAUGUUACAUUUGUGGAUGACUUUGUGGCAGUCAAAAGCGAGACAGCAGCAAGUCGUUCGCUGGUUAAUGUGUUGGAUACAGAUCCCGUGGAUUUUCGCGGUAUACUCGAGAAUGCGGGCGCUGUGAUGGGACAGCGUAGCUUGGAGUGGCACAUGGAUGCUCUGUAUCCAGGACUUAUGUUCAAAAUCGGGCCCACAGCUGAUGCCAACAGUGUGGCAGAGUUUGUGCUGGACAAUGGGGCACACGAUGAGCGACAAUUUGGCCUCGAGGAGGGCACAGGUCGCUUGCUGGCUAAACAAUACCUUUUGCCGUUUCUGCUGGGAUUAAAAUUCAAUUUGGUUGCACUGGUGCCGCUGCUAUUUGCUGGCAUUUGUCUACUGCUUAAGAAGUCACUAUUUCUGGCCAAGCUAGCCAUAUAUGUGAGCAGCUUCUUGGGCUUAGGCGGAGUGCUGGGAUCACUUGGUGGCCUAGGAGGUGGCUUUGGUGGUGGAGGAGGCUUUGGUAGCUUUAGUGGCGCCAACUUUGGCUAUGGCGGCGCCUUCGCUGCUCAUCGUCCAAUUGGCCACUUUCCUGGCAAAACUACAGUCUUUGGCGGUGGCGAUGAAUUGCAUCAUCAGUACAAUGUACAUGAACCACAGCCGUAUAAACGCAGUGAUCGCAAAGUGCGUUUCGAGCAGCCACGUGAAGAAGCUGCCGCAUCGCCUAUGGCCAAGAAACAUCUCUCCGAUGACCGCUUCUAUGACUAUGAAAAGCAGCAUCGACAGACCAAGCAUCUGGAGGACACCAUUAGUUCGGCGGACAGCUUGGUGCGCAACUUCCAAGAUACAUCGACGGGCAACAUGAAUGGCUGGCAGAUUGUCGAUGUGCGAUCGCUAUGA